AUAUAAUAUACUCAUCCGGCGUGACGAGGAAUCGGAGAGACACACAUUACAUUCGACGGUAUAAUGGCCACAAAACCAGGGAUCCUCACUGAUUGGCCGUGGACACCCCUCGGGAGUUUCAAGUACGUAGUAAUAGCACCAUGGGCGGUCCAUAGCACAUACAAGUUUGUGACAGAUGAUCCCGAGAAGAAGGAUCUCGGGUACUUCCUCGUAUUCCCUUUCUUGCUCCUCAGAAUUCUGCACAACCAGGUUUGGAUUUCACUCUCCCGUUACUGUACUGCCAAGGGAAAGAGGCGCAUCCUCGACAAAGGUAUCGACUUCAAUCAGGUCGACAGGGAGACCAACUGGGAUGACCAAAUACUGUUCAACGGACUUUGGUUCUAUAUAGGGAUGCGGCUGUUGCCGCAGGGCAAGCAACUUCCCUUGUGGAGGACAGACGGAGUGUUGAUGGCGGCUGUGCUUCACGCCGGUCCGGUGGAGUUCCUCUAUUACUGGCUCCACAAAGCUCUUCACCACCACUUUCUUUAUUCCCGCUACCAUUCCCACCACCACUCUUCUAUCGUCACUGAGCCCAUCACUUCUGUGAUACAUCCAUUUGCGGAGCACAUAGCCUACUUCGUGCUCUUUUCGAUACCAUUGCUUACGACGUUGAUAACGGAAACGGCAUCUAUAGCGUCAUUCGCCGGAUAUGUAAUGUACAUAGACUUCAUGAACAACAUGGGACACUGCAACUUCGAGAUCGUCCCUAAGCGCCUUUUCCACCUCUUUCCUCCCCUCAAGUUCCUCUGUUACACUCCCUCAUUCCACUCGCUGCACCACACGCAGUUCCGAACGAACUACUCCCUCUUCAUGCCCUUGUAUGACUACAUCUACGGCACAAUGGAUGAAACCUCGGAUACGUUGUAUGAGAAGACUCUAGAAAGAGGAGAAGAUAGAGUGGACGUGGUGCACUUAACACACCUGACGACGCCCGAGUCCAUAUACCAUUUGCGCAUUGGCUUGGCUUCAUUUGCCUCCUACCCCUUCUCUUAUACAUGGUUCAUGCGCCUUUUGUGGCCUUUUACAUCUCUCUCCAUGCUUUUCACUCUCUUCUACGCCCGCCUUUUUGUUGCCGAGAGAAAUUCCUUCAAGAAGCUCAACUUGCAGUCUUGGAUAAUACCCAGAUAUAAUCUACAGUACUUGUUAAAAUGGAGGAAAGAUGCCAUCAACAACAUGAUUGAGAAAGCGGUACUGGAGGCGGAUAAAAAAGGAGUGAAAGUGCUUAGUCUAGGUCUUAUGAACCAAGGGGAGGAGCUGAACAGAUAUGGAGAGGUGUAUAUCCACAAGCAUCCAGACGUGAAAGUAAGAGUGGUGGACGGCAGUAGAUUAACAGCAGCCGUUGUGAUCAAUAGUGUUCCCAAAUCAACUACAAGCGUCGUGAUGACAGGCAAUCUCACAAAGGUAGCCUACACCAUCGCCUCUGCUCUCUGCCAGAGAGGUGUUCAGGUUUCGACUCUGUUCCCGGACGAAUAUGAGAAACUAAGAUCAUCCGUUCCACGAGAAUGUAGAGGCCAUUUGGUUCAUUUAACCUCUGAAGCAUUUUCAUCAAGCAAGGUAUGGCUGGUGGGAGAAGGAACAACGAGAGAGGACCAGGAAAAAGCCACAAACGGAACAUUGUUUAUACCAUUCUCUCAGUUCCCUCUCAAGCAGUUACGUAAAGAUUGUAUCUAUCAUACCACACCGGCACUGAUAGUUCCAAAAUCUCUGGUGAAUAUCCACUCCUGCGAGAACUGGUUACCGAGAAAAGCGAUGAGUGCAACCAGAGUAGCCGGCAUAUUACAUGCUGUAGAAGGAUGGGAAAUGCAUGAAUGCGGCGCCUCGGUUCUUCUCUCAGAUUUGGACCAAGUAUGGGAAGCUUGUCUCAGCCACGGCUUCCAGCCUCUCCUGCUUCCAGAUCAUUAAAACUGCAACUAGAACAAUGGAUGAUUCAAACAAAAUGAUACCCUACACGUUGUGUAAUUGUAUUUCGCUAUAGCAUCAUUAUUCCACACAUGAACUAUAUGAAACAUUAUUUUAAGCGUAGACUUUUGUGAGUGAUUAUUGUAUUAAUAAAAGUAACAUUUCUAUUUUUUUUUUUUUUUUUUUCGUGU